CCUCGUCUGUGAUCUAUCCUUAUACCCCAUCUGUGAUUUUACAUUGCUUGUUAAGUCUACUUUUAUACCUGAUCUGUGGUGGUACACAGAAGAAUUGAUAACAUUACUAUAAAUUGUCAUUAAUCUUUAUUUACAAUUGUUCAGUAAAUGAAUAUUUGUCUUUGUUAUUGCAUCAAGAAACAUCGUUUCGACCAAAGAACUGUCGCCUUAGAAACUUUCGGAAAAAGAAUGUAUACAGAUUUUAGUAAAUAUCAAUGACAUUUGAAUGAGACAAUUAAUUCAUUGCAUUUAAUUGGUCCAAACACGAUUUAUUGUAAUAAUGAAUUUAUAAAAUACUGAAGUAUAAUCUUUAUAAAGUAAACUGAAAUUUAUUCCUUAAGUUCUAGAAGUUAUUCACAACUACUGUACAUUUAAUUUACUAGUUUUUGAAAGAUGUCAUUGUUCUAUAAUUAUUCAUUUGUUUUAAGUCUAAUUAUAAAACUCCGAAUAAAAUAUUACAGUAUAUUACAAACACGAAUUUUAACAUGAAUUUACUUUAUGUUGAAAAAAUAAGCGCAUUGCAUUACAGCUUCUAUUCUUGCUACAAUCAUUAAAUUAUUACGUAGUAAUCAAUGAGGUUAGACGAAAGCUCCUCAAAUUGAUAUAUUGUUGGUUUAAUAUUAUUUAAUUGUUAUGCGACUAGACACAAAUAAGUGACCAGUAUUGGGUAAAAGAACUAUUAACAGAUCGCAGGAUAUUAACUAAUGAAAAAAAAAGAAUUGCAAAAACAAACUAUUAAUUGAUAGAAUACUAAAAAAGCAAGCGUAAAUGUUUGAAAUUUAAAUGGAAUAUAAUAUAAAUAAUUUAACAUACAAAAUUAGUUGAUUAUUAGUAAAUUAAAUAACAUAUCAUAGUAUAAGUAAAAAUGUUACUUUUUGUGGUGUUCUGCAGGAGAUAAACACUUGUGUCUGUAAUGCCUCAUUCAGGGGUGUAACAAAUUUAAAGUCAGGCAUAGCAGACUGAUUAGUUGGUAGGCUUGGAACUAAUAUGGUGGAUUUUAAGCGCAUGUCAAACUAAACGUUUAUUGUUAGUUCGAGUAUUUGUAAAGGGAUAUAUUUUUACUCGUUUAAAAUGAAAGAAAUAAAUUAAUACGGUUAUUAGACGAUACACUAUAUAUAAAUUUUACCCAAUAUACAUUGUGAAAAUAUGGCAGAAUCUGUUGGACCAAUACUUCAUGUGAUUGUCAUCGGAUUUCAUCAUAAAAAAGGAUGUCAGGUCGAAUAUUCAUUUCCUUCGUUGGUGCCAGGGGCUCCAAAUGAAUGUCCAUUAGGUUGGAAAUAUUUACCAACCUUAGCUUUACCAGAUGGAUCUCACAAUUACGAUGAAGAUACAGUAUAUUUUCAUUUACCUAGCUUAAAUGAUGCAAAACGCACAAUAUAUGGUAUUUCAUGCUUUAGACAAAUUCCAGUUGAGAAAUUAAAAAAUCGCACUUCUGAUAUAACCAGAGGAACAGUUCAAAAAUCUGUUUGUGUACUAAGUACAUUACCAUUGUAUGGUCACAUUCAAGUUAAAAUGGCAUUAAUAACACAUGCUUAUUUUGAAGAAGGUGACUUCAGUAAAGUAUCAUUAUUAGAAGAUACUUAUCAUCACCUUAAUUCUUGUAUGAGUAGUGAAAGUCAAAUACCACCUCAAGUAUUUGUUGGGUUAUCUGCAAGAGAUUUAAUUUUGCAGUUUCGUCAUAAAGUUAUUUUAUUAUUUAAAUUACUUCUAUUAGAGAAAAAAAUAGUGUUUUAUCAGUCACCAGUACAACCAUUAUGUGUAGCAAUAUUGACAUUACUUUCACUAUUUCCUGGUAUGAUUGAAAAUGGUCUACAACAAGCUGCAUAUGUUAGGCCAUCUAGACCCAUGUCUCCUAUACCUACAUUUGAUGAAGAAGAAAUGUCAGUACAUACCAUUGACAACAACAUAUGUUCUAUAAAUUCCAUUAAAGAUAACAUGUCAGACACAGUGAAAGAACAUAUUAAUGGUAAUUCGAAUAAUCAUUCAGUGUGUAUAAAUGAUAAUAAAACUGUUGAAACUAUGGAAGGUAAAUGCAUGGAUGAAUUCAGAAGCUUGAAUCUGCAGAAGAAUAAUAACGAAAAUGAAAAUUUAAAUAUGAAAGUUAUCGAAGUUGAAUCUGCACAAGAAUGUACUGAGUCAUAUGCAGAGGAAAAUAAUACAAUGUAUUCUAGAAAACCAAAUGACUAUGUACACAAAGUACAAAGUAUAAAUACAAUUACGUUAGGUACAACAGAUACAGACAAUACUUUACCACGUGACACAAGUAACGACGCACUUUCAGAUGCUCGUUUGACAAAUAAUAUUACUCAGAUUGCUCAUAUAAAUCCAGAACUUUGUGGCUUACCUCUAAAUCUCUUUACAAAGGGCUAUUUAUGUUUGCCAUAUUUAUCAUUACCAUAUCUGGAUCUUUUGGCAGAUGUCAAUGUUAGAGGAUAUAUAGUGGGAGUGACAAAUGUUCUAUUUAAACAAAAAAAACAACUUAUUGAUGUAUUAGUAGAGGUUGAAAGUAUGCGGAUAGAAACAACUGAUCCAGAAUUGAGAAGGCAAUUACACCUUACAACAGAGGAUCUUAGAUUUGCUGAUUAUAUAGUUCGACAUGUGGCAGAGCCACGUAAAGAUAUUUUUUUGGAUGGUGUAGGAUGGGAAGGUGGAGAUGAAUGGAUCAGAACUCAAUUUCGUGUCUACUUACUGAGUAUGUUGCGAACAUCUAUGCAACAAGAUACUCGUCAAUCUGAUCAUUAUAAUUCUGCAUUUAUUACUGCUUGGCGUACAACAAAUAACUAUAAAAUGUGGUGCACUUCUAAUAAACCAGAAAUAAAUAAUAUAGAACCUGGUCAUCCAUUUGCGGGUCAAUUAUCAGUCCAAGAUAUGAAAUUACGGUUAUCACAUACAAUGCAAAAUACAGAAAGUGGUAGAAAAUUAAAUCAAGCAAUGGCAUCAACUGGAAGAGCUGUUGCAACAACAGGAAAAGCCGUAGGUGGCGCACUUUCACAAGCAAAAGGAGCUUUUUCUAACUGGUGGAGCACAUUAACUACUGUUCAACCAAUUGAAGAGGGAAAAGCUGACAAUCAAACUCCAAAUAUACAUCAAACAUUUUCAAAUAUAACUAAUAAAACUACUAUACAAGAUGAAGAAAUGAACGUGUCUACUAAUAACACAAGUUUAGAAGUUGUCGUAGAUUAAUACAGAAAACAGCAGUUUUAAUCGCUUAUUGCAGCGAUUAGGAAAAACUUUUUUGAUAUGUAAAAAAGUGAUAUGAUACCUACCAUAUUAAUAAAUACCUUUGGUAGAGAAAGGAUAAUUUAUGUAAGAUGUUGAUGUAUAAAACAAGAAAGUUAAUUACAUCUGAAAAACACUUCAGGUAAGAAAUUAAAUAAUUGCAAAAUGAAUAGCGUACUUAAAAUAGAGCUUAAACGAUUUAAUAUGUGAUAGCAUAGAAAAGAAGUAAUAUAAAGUCUCUAGUAACAUUUCAUAUUAAUAAUUUACAUGUAAUAUGCUCUGAUUAUUCUAUUUUCAAAUUAGAAAAAUAAAUUUUAUUCUAUCAACCCUUUUGCUGCGGACAUGAAAUUCGAUAAACCGCGGACAUUAAGUAUUCAUUGCGUCUACCCUUAAAAGUAACGAACUAUUUUUGAUGAAGUUGAAGAUAUAAAAAAAAAUUCAAUGAAAAUUAAGUGCUACAAGGGACACAAAUUUUGUCUGAGACAAAUUUUUUAAUAUAUUAUUAAUUUAAAAAAAGACAAAGGUCAAGUUUCGUCUUUUAUAUAGAAUUAUAUAUUUUUUGUUAACUUGUUCAAAUGCAAAUUCAAUAAUCUAUAAAAUGCAGGAUUGACCACGUGACAUCUAUCAUAAUUUUUCAAUCAUUUCCAGCGAUUUGAUGAAAAAAUGUUUUACACAAAAGUUAAUCAGUUUUUAGUCAGCUAUAAACUGCAUUAAAAAAAAAUUCGACGCGCUCACAUAUAUAAAAUUCACUGUAGUAGUAACAAAAGAAAGAGUUAUUCAAAACAUCAAUUUUUAUCAACAUUUGUCAAUCUUACGAAAAUAGGUAACGGUGAUCAAGGACUAUACUAUUACCCGAACAUUUCUUCAUCAAAUCACUGGAAAUACUAAAAAAAUUACAGUAAAUAUUAUGUGGUACACCCUGGAUACAUUGAUUGAGAAAAUGUAACAAAAUUUUAUUAGUAGGAAAUAUCCACUAUGGUGUAGAUCAAAGGUGUCACUCUUCUUGGUGUUACCAUAGAGUUUUGUGGUGGUUGCGGGUUGUUGGGGGAUGCUCGCUGAUGAUGAAUGCGGUAGUGGAAGGGGUAAAAGGUGGAGAAAAGACUUCUUCCGGCUUCACUGAUCGCACAGUCUAGUCGACAAGAGUUACCUUCUCCAUACCUAUUUUCCCCUUCUCUUCCAGCUAUUCGUAAACGAAACAGACUUAGACAUUUUACCAUAUAUACAGGGUGUUUCUCAAUUAUAACGCACAAAUGAUAGGGCGUAUAUAACUCACUAAACUAAGUAAACAAACCCGAGUAAACAUAAAUCUGAAACUCAAUAAUUUUCGACAUAAAAAUUUGUUUUAUUUAAGAAAAAAUGUAUGGCGACCGAAUCAAGAACAACGAAUCAGUGAUACGAGCAAAUAUGUGAAACAAAAGUUACAGGGUAUAAAACACUACAUAUCACGGCGGGAGGUAUUUUACCGCGACGUGAUCAUAAUACGUCCUGCAAAGGUCAUGUUAUAAUUUUUAAAUUAAACCCUAUACUUUCUAUUCCAUAUUUUUCAAACCUACAUUCAAACUUUCUAAAUCAUAGAAAUUACAUUUUUUGCCUAAGUCGCUAUCAAGAUAUCAGCAUCCAAAGUUGCCGGUUCGCCGAUAGCGAUAGUAGCCGACGGUAUGUAGUGAGAUGUAGUAUUUUAUACCCUGUAAUUUUUGUUUGACAUAUUUGUUGUAUGACUGAUAUUUUUCGAGAUAAUUCGGUGUUCCUAAUUCAAUCCCCGUGUAUUUUUUUCAAACAAAACCUAUUUUUAUCUCGAAAACUAUUAAGUUUACAACCCAUGUUUACAGGGGAGUUUUACUCAUUUUAAUGAGUUGUAUACGCCCUAUCAUUUGUACGUUAGUUCAUGGUGGGAGUAUCGACUAACUGAGAGUUAGAUAUGGGUAACUCCUAAAGUACAAAUAGUAAAAAAACCGCUGAUUGAAAGUUAUUACGAAGUUUAAAGAGAAGCAGUUCGACACUCCUGGUGUAAAAAUAAGUCAAGGGUAUACACAUAUAUAUAUAUAUUUUGAUGGGCAUAAUUAUAUUUUUUUGGUUUUCUGUAAUUUGUACUUGAGAUCUGUUAUUUUUGUUUGCGUAAAAAUGCUGUUACACGACUGGAUAAAGCUCUCACAUUUUAUUUAUUGUUGUUUUUAGUUGAGGGAAGAAAUUGUGGGAUAUAAAAGAAAGACUUCAUUGGCAGCAUGAAGACCAAAAUUUUUCUAAUAAUAAAUGACAACGGUAUUGCAACUUACUAUUACAAUUUUCAUCGUUGUAAUUUAAGGUUAAAUAAAUGAUUUUUCACAACUGAACUUACAGUUUUAUUCAACCACGAAACAGCAUUUUUUCAAAUAAUCUUAAUAAGUUAUUAAUCAAAUAGGCACUGGAAAAAAUAAUUUUAGAGUAUCAUUUGUCAUGUAUUUUAACAUACCUAUACUAAAUAAAAAUAAGGGAUUUCAAGUACAAAGUACAGAAAAAUAAAAAAAUCGGGUCAGCUUAAUUAUACAGUGUGUUCCUGCGAACUGAGAACACCUAAUUUUCUUAAAAAAUAUCGGUGACAUGAUUCUUCGUGUUUCUCUGUUUCAGACAAAAGCUAUAGAGUAUUAAGUGCUAUAUAUCAUGUUUUCACUUGUUUGACCUUAAUAUGACCUUAAAUCGCCUUGCAAAUAUCACAUUAAUAUUAUUAAAUGGAAACGUAUUUUUUUUUUAUUACAUAUUCUUACAGCUAAUGUCGAAACGUUUUCAAAACACUAAUAACGUUAUGUUUACUUAAAUUGUUGUUGAUAUAUAAACAUUCAAAUUUUAUAUGUCCCUGCUGACAUUAACGUUAUCCAAUGUACACUGUGAGAAGAUUGCGCACUCGGGUUUUAUACGUUAUAAUGGCUCUUAAAAAGGCUGAUACAUAAAAAGUGUAUGUGUUUGUAAUGUAUUUGUAUGUGUGUUUAGUCACCUACAUUGUAAGAGUUCACUGUCUGACGUUGUUUACAAAUACGCGUUCGUUUAUCAAAAACUUCGAUUGGCCUUUUUCUCCAAGGUGCAGAUCGGAUAACACUAAUGCCAGCAGUAACAUAUAAAAUUUAAACGUUUAUAUCUUAACAAAAAUUUAAGUAAAAAUAAGGUUAUUAUAGCUCUUCGGAAACGUCUCGACGUCAGCUAUAAGAAUAUUUAAUAAAAAAUAUAUGGUGUUAUUUAAAAACUAUAGCGUGAUAAUUGCAGGGUGGUCCAAGGUCAUCUCAAGGUCAAACUAAUAAAAACAUAUAUGUAGCACUUAAUACUCUAUAGCUUUGGUCUCAGAUGCUUCUUUAUAUCACCCAUAUUUUUGAGAAAAAGAGAUAUUCUCAGCUCGCAAAAACACACUGUGUGUAUAUAUACGCAGUAUAUCCUACUUAUCUGAGAACCCCAAACUAUUUAGGAAGCUAUGAAUGAUACGAAAAAAUGUUUCAGUUGAAAGUUGUAGGAUAUAAAGAGACAAUUAUGUUCCCAGACGUUUUCAAAGCACUUGACACUAACUGAGUUUACAGAACGCGUCAAUUUGACGGAUAUUAAAUCUUAUAAAUAUUGUUUGGUAAAUGUUUACAUCGAUUUUGAUCGAUGCAAUUACACGAAUAUGUAUCUCAAUUGUUUAUUUUACGUAAACCUAGUCUUAAACUUGUUAUAUUGGCAUAAUUCAUUAUAAAGAAAUCUGCAUUUAUAUUUGACGUGCUGCACAGUGCGGAAAAAUGGCCGCCUUUUGAAUAAAAUUUAAUAACUUUUAUAAUUUCAAUAGCAGAGACAUGAAACAAACGGGGUUCUUAUUGUUUUAAUAUGCACCAUAAUUUGCAUUAGUAAAGUUUAAUUAUCGUUUAUAAUUUGACUUUGAAGUGGUUUAUUUAUGAUAAAAAAAUAACAAAAUUGUGCAAAUGUUAAAAAAUCGUAUUUUAUAUUCAUUUUAAAUUUCAUUUAAAUGUGCAUUACAAUUAGACAUACCAUAUUCAUCAUUCAUGAUAAAAAUUAUUUUAUAGAAAUGUUUUUUGUUUGUGGAACAACAUGAAGAAAUUUUGUUGUCAAAUAUGAUUAUUUAGACAUUUCAACGUAAGUUGAACAUAGUUUUGUUUCGAUGUUGAACUAUAACUUUUUCGACUUUCGUCCACGGUUUGCCGUACUGUACACUACCGUUAUUAAUGUUACUGAUGUUUGUACACCGCGGUGAGAUUACUCAGUCGGACGAUGUUUGUAUCGGUACAACUGUUUAUGCGAAAAUAACAAAUUUGUAGUUUCUUGAAAUUGUGUUAACGUACAAAAUCUUUUGUAUCUUGAAGACAGAUCAUUUAUAUUUCGGCCUAUGUUCACCAAGACUUUUUUACUCGAUACAAUGUAUCUUAUUCAUCGUACAAAAAUUGCAAUACUUUAUUUAGACAUUUUGCAUAAAUAAAUUUGUGUCACUUUGAGUUAGAUAUACGCCUAAUAGUGAAUUUUAGACGUUAGUUAACACUUCAUACUUGUGUUGCUUCACAUUUGUGUUGCAUUGCUCUUUUCAAUUAUCGAACUAGUUUACUGCUCUUUAGAAUUCGUAGCAUCUUAUUGUUUUCAUGUUAAGCCCAGGUUCAUUUUAAAGCGUGAAACCUCUACCUUCAGAACCCUCAAUAUAUAAGUUUCUUCCAUACAGAAAGAUCACGCAUACAGCGAAAGAUCUCUAUUGUCCCUGUAUCGUCUCGCUCGCCUUCUUUUAUGCAACGGACGGUAUAUAUAGCAUGUUAAAAAAGAUCAUAAAAUAUUUAUGAUCGGUUACUUCUUGAUGUGCAGUGGCAUGCUGUUCCCGACUGUAGUCAACAACAUCCCGCUUAUAAUUGCGCACUGUAAUCUCUCCGACUAGUUUCUAAUAUAUCAACAUCCAUCGAUUUUAAUGAUUUUUAAUAUGUUGUUAGGGGCAUGAUUUUUGGACAACUUUUUCCUUAAGCAAAAUGCACGGAAACCUCUAGUUUCCGAGACAAUUGCGAAAAACAUUCACCAAAAUUACAUUGAAUACUGUUGAUAUAUUAGAUUUUUCUCAUCUCUCUCGUUUAUAUAUUGAACAUACAAAAUGCAAGAGAUAUUGUUUAUAGUAUAAACUUUAUACGAACAAAUGCCUGACAUAAAAUAUUUCAGAUAUCUGCUACGAUCAGGCGUCACUCUGCUCACAUAUCCUCGUAGCUUUCCCUCUGCACCCUACAAAUGUAGUUUCUUGCUAUGACUCCUUAAUGUAGAUGCAUAUAUGUUCUAAGUCAGCAUACUGUCUUAGUUGGAUUGUGAGAUGAUUAAUGAACAUUAAUUUUUUUCCUGUUAACCAUAAGUAUUCACAGUUGAAGUAACACAUCUUUCUUCAUAAAACGCUAGGAUCGAAGAAUCGUCCAGCUUCGACUACCAGGUCCUUAUAUCGUCUGUAAAGGUAUUGUUCAAAUUGUUCAAAUCGAUAAAGUCUUGAACAGGAUCAGAUAGUAAAAUCCACGAGGCUUGACUGAUCGGUAAAGAAAAUCGAAAUUGUUUGUGCUCUAAAGUCAUAGAACAUGUAAUUUUGAUUAGAGAUUAAUUGUGAAGAAACAUCUCUGAUAACAAUCUCUGUAAGUUCCCUGUCCAUUAACCCUAUUCUGUCAUCCUGCGAAUUGUACAACUUCGUUGACAUAAGAUCGGAUAGUGUUGAUGUAUUAUUGGGGGGAGGGAAUACAUUUCAGGAUCCAAAUUAAGUUUGCCCUAGCUUAAUUUCUAUCUUCUAGGGUAUCUUUCCUGGAUGUCCUUAAGACCUUAUGAACUCAUCAUAGGCUAGAGUGCAAAUUCGUUCAUCAUCGCGAAUGCCCUCUACCAAAGUCUUAGCCACAACUGGUUUCAUCAUCUAGGUGAGGAAUGCCUGAGCAGGUUGCUCAGUGUAAGGUUCAACGCAUCCUCAAAUAUCACCGAUAAUAAGGAUAACAUCUCAUCCUUGGAUGCUUGUACCAGAUGUUGAAAGUUGGCCACCACACCAGGGUAUUAAUGCAUCCAGUUCAACAUCGACUCAUCACCCUUCUAUUAUUGGUUCAAAGUAUGUCAGGUUACAAGUCUUAAGAACUAUUAGCUUGGUUAUAUUUGCAAUAGUUUUCUAGCAUUCUCGAAAAAUUGUGACUAAGUAUGUUACUUCAGAAAUAGAACAGAAAAAAGUAGUUCAUUAAUGUAUUAAUUCACUUGUUGCAUCUACAUUUAAAAUCUGAUUAGUGAUGCUAUAAAAACAGAAUUUUUUGACAUAAUAAAUCUAUAUACAACAUGAAUUGCUAAUACACACCCAUUUAUGUUCAUUAUUAUAGCAGAAAAAUCAGAACAUAUUACAAAUAUAUUAUUAUAAUAGUUCUUUUUUAGAAGGAAAUAUUUAAAAUAACUUAAGAACAUUUUAUAACUUGUAAUACUUAUACUGUAUUUCAAAUUAGGUAUUUAUAAUGUAUUAUGGUAGUAAAAAGUAGCAUACUGUGAACAGUAAUCAAUAAAAUAUGUAUUUGAUUGAAGUAGGAAAUGCAUUUUUAAAUUAUAUUUUUUUUUCUUGGGUUACUAAAAUACUAAAGUAAUCGUUUUGAUACAAAUUUUACUAACAAACUACAGGUUUAUGCCUUAAAAAAGAAAUAGACUGUCAUCAAUGUGAUAUAGGUUUUAUAAUGCAAUUAAAAUGCAUUACCUACUAAUAGAUUUUAUUUAUUAUAGUAAAAGUUUAUUAUAUGACAUAAUAUUAAGAAGUAUCUAAAUAAUUAAGAAUUAUAUAUAGCAAGCAUAUUAAUCUAUUCCAAAAUAUAAAUAAAUUACCA